UCUGUCGGGAAUAGGGCUCAGUUGACAGCACGCGUAGUGCGCAGUGUACGUGCCUACGGGAGGAUAGACAACCUUAAGUCUGUAAUCCUAACUUUUACGGAAAACGUUAGCAGUGGUUGUAUUUUUGUGCGUGUUUCAAACGGAACUUUUCUAAAUCGAUUGUUGAUUACCGGAAAACUAUGGAGUCCGUCGUCCAAUAUUUACUCUUAGCUCUAGUUCUAACUUCGGUACAAAUAUCUUACACGGAAAGUAAACUUACACAGCGUCGAGAUAAAUCUGAAAGGAGAUAUCAUGCUGGUAAAAAUAAAGACAAUAUAUGUGAAAUAACUGAUAGGGCAUCGAAAGUACACUGCUACUGUGAGAGUACUGAAAUUAAAACUGCAAGAAGAGCAGACUGCUGGGUAUUUAAUGGAGGCAUUGAAGAAUCUGACCCCAUAUGGUCUAGUUUUAAUUCACAACCGUUCUUGGAAAGAUUAGCCUUUAACGUACGAUCUGAUGGAGCUCUGAAAUUUAUUCCAUUGCAAGUGAUUCACCAUUUGAAGAGGUUACAGAAGCUCUCCAUCCACUACGCGACAUUUAACAAAAUCGAGAAAAAAGUUUUUCACAAUAUGACAACAGUGAGAGAGAUAAUUUUAAUGAACGACAAAAUAACAGAGUUGGAUUUCUCAUCAUUUGUAAAUCUGCCGUUGCUUGUUAACUUAACGAUAAAGGAGAACAAGAUAACUGAAAUACAGAGAGACGUUUUCGUUGAUUUGCCUUCACUUAAAAACCUCGAUUUAUCUUUUAACAAUAUCAAUUUGGUUUACGACGGUUGUUUUGAACAUCUAACUACACUCAACGAUUUGACAUUAGAAUCAAAUUUAAUUAGCGUACUCACUAAAGAUGUUUUUAGAGGAUUAGCUAAUUUGACUAGAUUAGAUCUGAGGUCCAAUAAGUUGUCAGCGAUAGGAGAUUUGACUUUCACAGAAUUGUGGAAUUUAAAUGAGCUCCUUUUAGACAAUAAUGAAUUGAAAUAUCUAUCGGAAAGGGCAUUUGACGGGCUCGUUCUACUACAGAAAUUGUCGAUGACUGGAAAUAAAUUGACGGCCAUUAAUGAGGGGCUUUUGGAAGGUGUAAGGGGGCUUGAGUUAUUGGAUUUGAGGAACAAUGAAAUAGUAACAUUUACCUAUGAUACCAUUAAGCCAAUAAUGGACAACUUGAAAUUGAAGACGUCCGUUCUUUACCUAAGUGGUAACAAGCUCAGGUGCGAUUGUCGCCUAAUAUGGAUUCAAGUGCUUCGAAAUGAAACAACAAGUGAACCACUAAAAUCAGCGUUAGAUGAUGUCACUUGCAUGAUCGAUGCUGGUGAUAAAUUUACAAGACCGACUAAAGCUGUCGAUUUUAAUGAUAAUACAAAAACUGAUGGUUUAUUGGAAAUCAUAUCGAAUAGUGAUGUUUUAAAUCAGGAGAUUAAUGAAGACGAAGGAGUAAAUAGAUUACACAAAAUUGAAACGACUGUGCAACCAUUUGAGAGUCAGUUAACGGUAGUCAAUAUACCUGUAGAAUCAUUAAGUUGUGCAAAUAAACUGGCGCAGAACAGUGAAGAUUCGUUAAUGCUUUCAUCAAAAGAUGAAAGCUAUUGGAAGAACUCAAGUUUCAAACUAUUGUCUAAUUUGUAUUUAGUGUCAACGUUAUUAUUAAGCAGUAUACUGUAUUAAUUAUUAAAUAAUUUAUGGGAACAGUCAAUUAAUUUAUAAGGUAAUGUUGUGUGAAAUGUGUAUGAGCCAACAAUUAUAAAUGCACAGUGUAAAAACGGUUUGCUUAAUGGAUGUUCUUGGAGGCGCCUUAUAAGCUUUUAUAAAACCUGAGAGUUUUGUUAUGGUCAAAAGCAACUCAAAAGACUGAAAUGCCUCCUUCCGUGCUAUAAAUUAUUUUAUAUUGGCCUUGAUUUUGGUUAUCCUGUGGUAUUUUUGAUCCUGAUUCAAUUGAAUCAAAUGUAGACCCUGUAUUAAAUAUCUCUUUCCGAAUUUUUUAAUUUAAUUAUUUUGCGCUAUACGUUCCCAAAGAGGGUUGACGUUAGGCAGGUGGCCGGUCGUAAAACUAAAAACCAAGUCUUUUUGUAAUAUGGACAAAAUCAUAUUACGCCGACCCCAAAUUAUUGAGAUAAGGGUAAGAUGAUUUUGUGCUAUACGUCAGUCAAUUUUUUUUUAUACCACUAAGGUGGCAAACAAGGAUACAGUCCGUCUGUUGGUCAACAGUCACUGUAACCGAUAGACGCCUAUGUUGCUAGGGAUGUCACGUUGCCGACCCGAAAGAAACCUAAAUGCACUCUUUUUGAAGAACUCCAUAUUUUGGCCAGGUUGUCAGAAUCCACAGUUUAUUUGUUUAACUAAUUCUUAGGUCGUGACUAUAACUAUUAUAAUUAUGUAUGUUAUAAAUUGUGUAUUGAUCUCUCCGUAUGUUUAUUAUCACAUUAUACUUUAAACUAAGUGAUGGGUGUGAUUGUUAAACACUGAUUUAUGUUAUUAAAAUUCACAGAAGCUUGAUUAAAAAGGAUUAAAUUAAUAUUAAUCUAGAAUUCAAAUGAGAACACUAAUGUAAGAUAUUUAAUGACAUUAUUUAUUAAGGAGGGUAAUUUUCCAAAUAAAGAGGGUAAUUUUCCAAACAAACAUUGUGAUUGUAAUAGCAAUUUGAGUACAGAAAACUAGUUCAUGGAAGCAAACAAAAUACUCGUAGUAAUAUUGCCUACGCGUAAAAUAAGGGAGCAAUAUAUCAAUAGUAUAUUUUAGAAACAUUUGGCUAACAUCCAACUUGUUGAAAUUGUUGUUAAUGUACGACUACAUAUCUAAAAGAGAAAAAAAUGAGUUUCAUUCUGAAUAAAUGCUCAAAAUCUUUAUUAAUUUUAUUAAUGAGCAAUGUUGUAGGUAUUUUUAUAUAAAUUAGAAUAUCAACAAGCUAUUUGAAAUUAGUAAACGUUACUUAAAACAAUUUGAACAAUUCUAUAGAUAUCACAGAGUACAUUCUAGCAUUCAAUGUAGUCUGAUGUGUUGCAGUAUGAAAAACCUCAGAAAAAUCUGUCAUCCAUGGUAUCCUUCAUGUGUUGGUAUUCCAGAGAACUAAGUUACUAUAUCUUUAAUUUUACGUAUUACACGAAGAAAACUGAGGAUUUCUACAUCUUAUGCUUUUUAUUUAUGUAUCUCCAGAUGGUAUGAAAAUUGAUUUAAGUGGACUGUAGAAACUUAAAAUAGGGCUUUAUUACUGCUGUAAAAUACCGGUACAAGUGAACAAGUACAGACAAGAUGUAGAAAGGUAAGGACUUACGGAAUAUUCUUGUUGUAGUCUGCCUGGAUCUGCCCACAAUUGUACGGGUUGUCGAUCGUCCUAGGUUCACUUUUAGCCACAAAUUUGUAUGAAUACCAAACUGAAGCACCUUAAUUAUGAUUAUUUUAUUGUGAACGCGCGAAACGGCCGCCAUCGAUGAUAUUUGUUUUUUCUCGAAUGUUGUCAUUUUGGGCAGCUCUGAUUGGUCGCGUUCGUUGACAGGUUGAAUGGAUAGGGAGGACGCGGGAAAUUUGAGUGUACUUGUUUUUAUGUUCUAACACCAGAUGUUUCAUGACCAGUAUCAUUGAUCAUACUGCUCCAAAUGUAUGAUCAGUGACACGGGUGUCGUCUUUUGGGAAACAGUCAAAUGAUAUGAUUUUAAAUUAUUAUUUUUAAUCCAUGUAUUGUAUUUAUUAUCAUAUCAGUUUUCAACUGUCUACUGCUGAGCAUCAACUUCCCUUGGGGGGUUUGCCAGUAGUUGCCAAGCGUGGCAAGCGGAUUGGCAAACGCAGUUAGGUUUUAGAGAUAUUUUAAGAGGAACGUUCCUGCCCAUCCCUCGCCCUCCUUAGUCGCCGCUUACUACACCCACGGUAAAGGAAGGGGUGGCCUAAUUUAUGCCGGGACUACAUGGCAAUGUAUUAUGUAUUGCCUUACUUGAAUAUAAAUUAAACAUACCAGAAUCAGCGUUGGAUUUCCAAGUUACACCCAAAUACUACUAAGAACUUUCAGCUUUUACUUAUCGAGCUGAAAUAGUUUCCUCUUCUUAGAACUUUCCAUCAGCUUUUAGAAGAUUACUCGUGUAUGUAGUAUCUUUAGUUACAUUACCCAAUUGAAUACCUAUUACAAUACUGUUAAAUAUCCCAUUGUCUGUAAAUCCAUUGUAUACAACAGCCCACUUAUACAUACUAUUAUAAAUCUUCUAUUUAUAAGUGGCCUCUUCUACCACAGUCUAAAAAUUUCUUACCUCGAAUCGUCCAGAUACAUAUAUUGUCUAUACCUGUUGGGACAUUGAGCGAUGCAUCCCGAACGGUCAUGUAAUCUUUUCGGGCAUGCCAAAGCCAUUGGGCAACUGGUUAUUCCUUAUACUCUAGGUGCUUUCUCUUAAUUAUUAUGCGACGUAGAUCCAUGGUUUAUUUUGGUCCAGUAUUAAACACAUUAAGUGCAUAUGAAUUCAAAUGAAAAAAAAGUUGAGAAUUAAAAUCACUUUGUUGAUAAGAAAUCUUAAAUAUGGCAUUUUAGUCAAAAAAAUAUAUUAGAAUGUGACAGAUAAUUAAUAAAUUUCAACCACAUCGUAAUAAAGAAUAGAAAGAUAAAAUCAAAAUGAAAAUAUAAUAUUUUAAGAAUUAAUUAAAUUUGAUACGAUAUAAUAAUUAAAUUCAAACGUCACAAGUAUCGUCAUUUAAAAAUCAAUAAAAUUGUAAAAUAUUUGACAAAUUAUUUAAAACAUAAUAACUGGGUUUAUAUAUAUUAUAUAUGCAGUAAUAAAAGCUUUUAAAUAAUCAAUUAUAUUAUAAUAAGUUAUCGCAAUAAACAAGUUCAAAAAUAAACUAUUGAUUAAGUUCAGUUUUAACCUUGUUGUAAUUUUUUUUACAUUUAUUAAUAAAAAUAAUUAUUUUAUAUAAGUUAAUGUAAUUAAUUAAUUCAUCCAUAUUUUUAUAAGAUAAUUGAACAAAAAAUAUUUUUUCAUUUUAUAUUAUUAAUAUAAUUACAUUUAAGUAUUUCGUUGUGUGGUCCCGGCAAAGAAAGGGCCACCCCUUCCUUUCACAUGGGUGUCGUAAGAGGCGACUAAGGAAACUUAAUGGUUGAAAAAUGGGCAGCAGCCUCCCUCAUAAUACAUCACAAAAGGCCUAACUGCGGUUGCCAAUCCACCUUCCAAGCGUGGCAACUAUUGGCAGAAUCCCCUAUAUUAGAGAGGUCUAUGUCCAGCAGUGGACAGUUAACGGCUGAUAUAAUUAUUAUUAAAGUUUAAAUAAAUAUAAACAAUAGUUAAAACUAUUUACUUUAUACUGUGUAAUAAGUCGGUAAAACAGUAAUUCGUAAUUCGAAUUAAUUUCUUUAAAUUAUGAAUGACAAAUAUUCACACACAUUAGUAUUCGUUGUAAUUAUAAGUAAUGAUACAAGAAUGUGUGUGUGUAUACAGUUUCUUGUAUUACUACGAGUAUUAUGAAUUGCAGAGAAUUUUCCAAAUUAAAAACAAUUUUUGGUUUGAUGAGUAAAGAUGGAACUGUAACCUCGUCUACGCUAUUGGUAUACAGUGGUGGGGAACCAGUGAGAGAUGAUAGGUGAGGAUGAACGCAGGCCAGUUGACCCACUGUGACGAAUUUAACAAGAAUUAACCAUGAUAGUUUACAUGGUGUACCACGUCGACCUGAUAAGGUUAUAAUGAGACUUUUAAAUCUCCAUUUAAUAAUAGAAGUUAUUAUUUCUCCCCCCCCCCCCACCGCCCAUAAAACCAUUUGUUAAUAAGUCAUUGUUAUCAUGAAUGUAAUCAUUAAUUUAUCCACUAUUAAAAUUGAUAUACACUACAGACAUAAGGAAUGGUCGUAAGCUAUCAGCAUUCACUCCCACCAAUGCAUUCGAGGUCGUCGCUUCAUCUAGCGGAGCUAAGCUUUUCGGUAUAAAAAAUAUGAGUAUUGGUUUGUGAAUAUUUUUUGAUUGUAGCACUAAAAUUGUAAAUAUAGAAUCGAA